UGUUAAAAUUACGUUAUAAUUAAAAAUAGAUCAGUCUCUGUAGUGAUCAAUUUAGGCAUUUUGAGUUUAGAAUGACCGUAGUCCCGAAAAAACUUUCGACCAGACCAGUUAUAACUCCAUCUUAUAUAACGAACGAGACACAUUAGCACAAAGCCGCAAAAAUGUUCAAAAACCACUUAGAAAUGAUUGGGAGGAAUGAGACGGCCAGCAAGAAGGCAAAGUUCUGGCAGUCCUACAUCCGAUCCUUGAAAGGAUCCGAGGACAUCCGCGCUCAGGAGUCGCCACGCACACGCGCCUACAGACCCCUGAGCUUCGGCGGCGAACUGCCACACCACUUCAGGAGUAUCUACGACGAUCUUGCCGCCCCGGCGGAGCGCAUCUCCGGUCCUGGAUAUCGCUACCUUCCGGUCCACCGCGAGACGUACGGAUACUCGCCCAGACCCAUCUACACCAGCAACUACAGACCAAGCUAUGAACCAAGACACUACGAUCCAGAGAAGGCUUGGAAUGAUCAUCUCGAUCGCAUGGCUGAACUCGAGAGGAGAUAUCCAUCACGCUAUGGAUUGUACUUAAAAGACAAACCCAGUUUUGCUCUUGGUCCACUCGAAUAUGAACCAGAAACGAAGCCGUCUGGAAAUCGCGCCUCUAGCGUGCCGCCGCCAUCGUUCAGGGCCGGAAGUGUGCCACCGCUACGCGCUGGCAGCCCGUUUCGCGAACUGAGUGUGCCGCGUGGUCUGCGCGCCAGUUCCGUGGAUCCUCUGGACAAUUUGCUGGACAAUUUGCGCUUGCCACUCUACUCCACCGGAAGAUCGCCAACGCCCGUGAAGGCGGGACGUUGGGCACCACGUCCUUCCGAAAUCGCCUAUGACUCUGAUGGUCUGCCAAUCUUUACGCGUGGUGGCCUGACACCCGAAACGUUCGAUCGCCUGAGGAAUCCUAGCCCGGCGAUGCCGCUGUCGGCAAUCACGAGGGAUCCCUGGUGGUGGGAUCUGGGAGACCUCCGACCGGCCUACUACCCAUUCAACCGCUCGCCGUCGCUGCUGAGGGACUCCUUCUUGUCGCCCGUGAAGCGCCGCUACUUGUGGACAAAGCACCCCAUUCGCCCCUUCGAUGACUUACUCUUAGACUUCUAAAUAUCACUACCCUUGUUUCAAGUUUUCUUGCCCAUGUGGAUCGCUAUUGGUAACUGGUUUGAUGAUGAUGGAGAAAAAGUGUUUUCUCGACAAAAUUGCUGCCUAAUCAAAUCGAAAUUUGUGCAAAAAUCUACUAAAAACACAUGAUCACCUUUUUCGCCCUACUUUUUCUAUUGAUUUUCUCUCAAAAAAAUGUAAAUCAUUUCUCGU